GGCAUUGUCGCAUAGGAGCAUAAACUUUCACCUGCGCUCGACGCUUUCGUACCCAAUGGACGCAACCCCCGACGAGCUCGCCUCACGCUUCCCCUGGCCCACGCCGCCGCAUCCUGCAGUCGUGCCCGCGCCGAUACGCCACGCAGGCUGGAGCAGCGAGAGCACAGAGGCGGUGCUCACCGACCUCAAAGAAAACCACCAGCGGUGGCACAUCUUUUUCAACGAGAAGCACUUCCACAACCAUGCAGCGCACCACCUGCUUGCCAUAUAUGCCUUGGGCGCACCUGCGAGCCUGCUGAAUGCCGCGUACCACACACAUGUUGUGUAUCAGAAGCCGGCGUUCCCACCGCCCGAGACCGACGAGGCACGAAAGGCGAGGGAAGCCGUCGCCAAGGUGGUCAUCGACGACACGAACUGGAAAGACUAUCUGGGAGACGACCGGUAUUACCAAGCCUACGUCUCGUUCUUCUCCAGCAAGCUUCUGGACAAAGCGGCCGGCAAGAACGCGAUCCAGCGUGUGCUCGAAGACUACGUCUUCUCCGUCGACGCGAACCUGACACCCGGAAAGAGCGCAAACGGCCAGAAGCCCCUCGUCCUCGCCCGUUUCCUCGGCGGCUUUUUGCAUCCGCUCAUCCACGCAGGUUAUGGCGCAGAGUUCGGCUUGCCUGGACUCAUAGCAGAGGGCAUCUCUGAGGCUGCGGUGCAAACAAACGAAGCCGACGCGCUAUUCACACCUGAGCUCUUCGGCGCCGCCACCGGCGCCACAGGUCUGGCCUCUAGGAUCGCAUCUCUAGCUUUCUCGUCUGCUGCGCCCAGCAGUGAAGUACAUGCUCUCGGAAUCCUCGCGAGGGUCGCAAAGGACCCCGCGUUCGCGCCGCACAAUGUCGGGCUGCCCGUGCCGCCGGACGCGGACGAGAAGAGCGUGGAUCGCGUUGUGCGCGUCGGCGGGACGAACCUCGUUGAGUAUCUCACCAGCUGGUUCGGGACUGUCAACGAGGACGCGGCGACGCUCCGCGCAAAGUUUGAGGAGGUCGUGUGGAUGAAUACAGUCGUGUACGGUGUUGGGGGAUGGGCCGGACGCGAGCUGGGCGAGGAUGAGAACAAAGAGUUCAAUGGUGAUUUCUUCCUGAUGCACCUUGUCACGUCUGCUCUACUCACCUCUUCACUCUUGAACAUAUUGACACCCAAGUCCGCGGCGCUACUCCUCAAGACCUACUUUGCCUUCAGCGUCGUCCUCUACGUCGCGCGCGGCCGUCCUUCGCUGCCGAUCGACGCGUUCUACGCGCACACCACCGCGCACCCGCACCCGUCGGGGCCAAUGCCGACGCCUGACAAGGACACGCUCCCGCCGGACGAGCAGCGCGUACAGCUGACGCCGAGCUCGUGGCUCGCGAUCGUGCAGACGACGCUCGGGCACCCGAACGAGCACCUCUGCAAGGCGCAGCGGGCGCUGUACCACUUUGCCGAGUGGCUCGGCGGCACCCGUGCCCACGCCUUCGCCGGCCUGUCCUCUUCCGACCUGAGCAGCAUCGACAGCGGCGCCGGCGGGGGGCUCACGGGCGCGGAGGUGCUCGACGGCACGCUCUUCCUGCGCGCGGCCGGGCUCACGGCUGGCCGGCUUGGCUGGAUGCGUGAGGGCGAGAAGGGGCGCGGGUGGGACGCGAAGGGGUUCUUCCCAAGCGAGGAGGACGAGAGGGAGGCGAGACAGGAGCAGGAGAGAUUCCACAGGUUUAAAGGGGCGGGCGGGAUGAUGUACCAUGUACGGUGAGCGAUAAGCACGACAUCGGACGACUGGUUUGAGUCUGGAAUUGUAUUUGUACGUACGUAACCC